CCACUUACAAAGACACCCGAUAUCACUCGCAUGGCGCACGGGUAACCUGAUCAGCUUGGGCAGAAACGAGGCGGGGUGACGGACUAAAGGAAUCUGAGGUGAAGAACAAAAACAAUGUCUGUUUCCUCUAGUGAAGUGACAGUGCCAGGCGACAUCAAAAAGGAAAAUGUGAAGUACACGGAGCUUCUCGAGAGCUCCACGGCCAAUCAGGAGCACGUCAAACUCCUGACUCUGGACAGUCCGGUGGCCACUGGGAUGCGCGUGGGCCAGCAGACCUCUCCACCGGCGCGCAAGAUGCCAACUAUGGACUCUUUGUUUGCGCACAGUUCGCCCGCAGUAACCGCGACCUCUUUGGCUUUCUCACCGGAGCAGGUUGCGUGUGUUUGCGAGGCGCUUCAGCAGGGGGGCAACGUGGACCGACUCGCCCGUUUUCUGUGGUCUCUCCCGCAGAGCGACUUAUUGCGCGGUAACGAGAGUAUCCUCCGCGCUCAGGCACUCGUGGCUUUCCACCAGGCGCGCUACCAGGAGCUUUACAGCAUCUUGGAGAGCCACAGCUUCAGCCCCUCGUGUCACUCUGCCCUGCAGGACUUAUGGUACAAAGCCCGGUACACGGAGGCGGAGAAGGCCCGCGGUAGACCGCUGGGAGCAGUAGAUAAAUAUCGCCUCCGACGAAAGUUUCCCCUACCCCGGACCAUCUGGGAUGGAGAGGAGACGGUGUACUGCUUCAAAGAGCGCUCCAGGAACGCGCUGAAGGAUCUCUAUAAGCAGAACCGGUACCCGUCCCCGGCCGAGAAGAGGAAUCUGGCCAAGAUCACAGGACUGUCCUUGACACAAGUCAGCAACUGGUUCAAAAACAGGAGGCAGCGAGACAGAAACCCAUCAGAGACGCAGUCCAAAAGCGAGUCGGAUGGAAAUCACAGUACGGAGGAUGAGAGCAGUAAAGGUCAGGAGUCUCUCUCUCCAUGCCCGAUGUCCACCUGCGCUGAUGGGCCAGUGAGUAACACAGCUCUGCCUCUCUGCUCCGGCUCUCUGGACGCCGGAGUGAUCGUCCAGCAGGUUGCAGACAGCAGGACCUCUAUCUCUCCACCCUCCGUCAUCUUCAACGGAGUCUCAGUUCACUCACCUGCCUCUGUUUUCCACAACGGCACCCCUUCAUUUCUCUCCUCCACGGGACACGUCUUGUUCAGUGGCAUGAAUUUGGGACUCCAGUCUUUGGCUUGCAGACCUACAGAUGUGGAGAUGGACGGUGCAGCACAGGAGAAAGGGGGAACGGCAGACCCUGCACUGGCCUACUCUUCAUUUCAUUGCAGUGUCAAUGGGACGGAUGUAGAGGUGAAAGAAGAAGAUUUGAGGAAGGACGUUUCGGUGCAGGACCAAGCACCGUCUAUUGGUUCAGCAUUCAGCAUCACUCCAUCUAAUGGCUUGCAGAUUGAUAGUUAUAGUUUGGUUACUGAAGGAAACAAGGUUGUACUUCCCUCCCUGCAACUCACAGUAUCUUCUUCACCCUCAUCAGUCACACAGGGUGUUGUUGACUGCAGUUCUCCAGUGUGUCAGGAGCGGCUCCAGCUCACCUCUUUGGAGCCCAGCAGCACACUCUACAGCCUGGGCAACAUUCACACAUUGUCUGCCGUCAAGAAGGAGCCACUGGAGCCUCCUGGAGGAUUCCUUUACCACCUGGGUUACUCAUCUGACCCCACGCACAGCUCGCCCUUACUGGCCCAAACGGACCUGCCCACAGAGUUCAGAGGUCACACUGACCACAUGACCUCCAGCGUAAAUGGAGACUUCCUAUGUGCUGUUUCUGAGGGAGGAAAGGGAGAAAUGGAGGAAGAAGAGGAAAAACAACUGACAAAACUAAAAACUGUGCAUUUAGAGGAAGAGAUGACCGACCUUUGAACUUAAGAGGAGAAGAAGGUAAAAUACUGAAAAUCAUUAUUUGGAAAACAUUAACUCAAACAUUAUUUUGGAUUAUUGAUUGAGAUUUUUUAUGUUUUCAGACUCUUGUUUUGUGUAUUGUAAAGUAUUAAAUUAUUUUGGUGAAUCUG